GGAUCUGCAGCUCCGGCACCGACCGACAGGCGCCGGCGGAGGCCGUCCCGGUUCCGGGAAGCGAAGGUUCAGCUUCCGGGUGAAGGGUGAGCGGGUGCCCGCUGCUGGCGCCAUGGCCGCGGGGCAGGAGGCCGCGGUGCCCCCCGGCCCGCCGCGCUGGAGGCCCGGCCCGGUCCUACCGCCCGCCUGAGGCUGCCGAGGAGCCGCUGGGCUCGCCUCACCAUGCGCCCCUGAGCCCUGCUGCUGCCCACAGAGGCCAUGGAGAAGAGGCUGGAAGCCAAGCUCAGCAUUAGCGCCCAAUUUCUGUCACAAUACUGCCUGGGAAAAGCUGCAAGGGAGCUGAGAAGUCUGCAGCUGUUCUACCUGUGCGCUUGCCUGUGUGCCUUGUGCUCCUCAGCAGAUGCAAACUGGAACCGAUCUAGAUGUGAGCCAGGGAAGAUCCUGUUUGGUGGCCGUUUGAGAUGGUGGGAAGAUCACCAUUUACAGCUGCUGGAAGGGUUUCACACCGUGCGCUCCUGUCAGGCUGCUUGCUGCCAGAGCCCCACCUGUGAUGCCUUUUGGUUCUUGGAAAACAUGUGCAUCCAGGUGAACUGCACUGUCCCUGGCAUGUGUCAGGCAAACAGGACUGGCUUCUCUGACUCUGUUUUGGUGUUUUUAAAGAAAUCAAAAAGCACAGAGCACCUCUUAACGUUUCAAAGGGAAGGUGAUGUGAAGACCUGGUUUGACAAGUGGUUGCACUGGGGCAUCCCUGUCAAGAGGACAAAAAGACUGCGGAGGUCAUUGCAGAAGCAGAGCGUGGCAGGUAACAGGGUAGAACUCCUGAAAAGGGAUAUAGCAGUGAGCCCCAGCAGGGAGGCUGCAGCCAGAGCAUCAGACAGCAAAUCUAGAAGCAGCCGAAGUGAAGCAGAGCUCUUGAAGGAUCAAGCACUGAGGCGCUUAGUGGCAGACAGGCCUGUUCCUGAAGGCCAUCCAAAUGAAAAGAAAAAUGGACAGAAUCCAGGAGAGCAGAAACCCAAAAGCCUGUUCCCUCCUAAAAGCAAUAAUGUGAACAGAUCAAGUGAUGUGGAUGGUGCUGGCUUGGCACAGAUCCACACAGGAACAUCUGCACCAGAACCAUCAGUGUUGGCUACGUUCUCCAGUCCUGUAGCACAGGGCUUGACAGCCACAGGGAAGACUGAGAAGCCUGGGCAGCCAGAUGAUUCUUUGAUCCAUCCUCACUCCUCAGAUGUGUUGCCCACAGUCAGCCCUGUGCUAGUGAAAAGCACAGCGAAGAUGCAGACAGCUACUUCUGUGCCAAGUGGAGUUCCCACAAAUGGCAGUGUUCCUACAACCCAGACCACCACUGCUGUGUCACCAAGUACUGCUGCCACCACUCCAGUUAUGAAGGAACUGGUGGUUUCUGCUGGAGACAGCGUUGAAGUGACCCUGCCAAAGAAUGAAGUUCAGCUGAAUGCAUUUGUGCUCCCUGAGCAACCACCUGGAACCACUUAUUCCUAUGAGUGGGAAUUGAUCACUCAUCCAAAAGACUACAGUGGAGAAAUGGAAGGGAAACACUCCCAGACCCUCAAGCUGUCUAAGCUUACUGUUGGUCUGUAUGAAUUCAAAGUCGUCGUUGAUGGGGAGAAUGCACGUGGAGAGGGUUAUGUGAACGUAACGGUGAAUCCAAAGCCUCGGGUGAAUCGGCCUCCUGUUGCCAUCGUGUCCCCACAGUUCCAGGAGAUUUCACUGCCAACCAUUUCGACUGUUAUUGAUGGCAGCCAAAGCACUGAUGAUGAUAAAAUUGUCAGCUAUCACUGGGAAGAACUAAAGGGUCCUUUGCGAGAGGAGAAGGUUUCUAGUGAUACUGCCAUACUGACACUGACCAACCUGGUACCCGGGAAUUACACAUUCAGUCUAACAGUCGUGGACUCAGAUGGUGCCAGUAACUCCACCACUGCAAACUUGACUGUGAACAAAGCAGUGGAUUAUCCUCCAGUGGCAAAUGCAGGCCCAAACCAAGUGAUCACGCUGCCUCAGAACUCCAUCACCCUCUAUGGGAAUCAGAGCACAGAUGAUCACAGCAUUGUCAGCUAUGAGUGGCUGCUCAGCCCUAACAGCAAAGGGAAGGUGAUGGAGAUGCAGGGGGUGAGAACACCAGUGCUGCAGCUCUCUGCAAUGCAAGAAGGGGAUUACACUUACCAGCUAAUAGUGACUGAUUCUGCUGGGCACCAGUCCACAGCAGAGGUCACUGUGAUAGUCCAGCCAGAGAACAAUAAACCCCCAAAGGCAGAUGCUGGUCCAGAUAAAGAAUUAACUCUUCCUGUGGACAGCACCACUCUAGAUGGCAGCAAGAGCUCAGAUGACCAGAAGAUAGUCUCCUUUCUUUGGGAAAAAACCCGGGGCCCGGAUGGUGUCAAGCUGGAGAAUGCCAACAGCAGCAUUGCCACUGUAACAGGCCUUCAGGUUGGGACGUAUGAGUUUACUCUGACAGUUAAAGAUGAGCGGAACUUGCAGAGCCAAAGCUCUGUCAACGUCAUUGUCAAAGAAGAAAUAAACAAGCCACCAGUUGCAAAGAUUGCUGGUAAUGUUGUCAUCACCCUGCCCACCAGUACAGCUGAGUUAGAUGGAUCGAAGUCCUCUGAUGAUAAGGGAAUUGUCAGCUACUUGUGGACGCGGGACGAGGGGAGCCCUGCAGCUGGGGAAGUCUUAAAUAAUUCAGACCAUCACCCUGUCCUCCUUCUGUCCAAUCUGGUAGAAGGGACCUACACAUUCCACCUCAGAGUAACAGAUGCCAAAGGAGAGAGUGAUGUGGAAAGGACCACAGUGGAAGUCAAACCUGAUCCUAGGAAAAACAACCUUGUGGAGAUAAUUCUGGAUGUUAAUGUCAGCCAGCUGACGGAGAGGCAGAAGGGGAUGUUCAUCCGACAGAUAGGCGUUCUGCUGGGGGUCCUCGACUCCGACAUCACUGUGCAAAAGAUCCAGCCAUACACUGAGCAAAGCACGAAGAUGGUGUUUUUUGUGCAGAACCAGCCUCCCCAUCAGAUAUUCAAAGGACGAGAGGUAGCCUGGACACUAAAAAACGAACUAAGGAAACAACAGUCAGAUUUCCUCAUCUUCAGAGCAUUGGAAAUUAACACAGUCACGUGUCAGCUGAACUGCUCUGAGCAUGGGCGCUGUGACUCCUUCACCAAGCGUUGCAUCUGUGACCCUUUCUGGAUGGAGAACUUCAUCAGGGUGCAGAUGGGAGAUGGUGAAAGCAACUGUGAGUGGAGUGUCCUGUAUGUGAUCAUUGCAUCUUUUGUCAUUGUGGUUGCCUUUGGAAUCUUAUCCUGGAUGGUGAUCUGCUGUUGCAAAAGACGAAAAGGAAAAGCCAAGAGAAAAAGCAAAUACAAGAUUUUGGAUGCCACGGAUCAAGAAAGCCUGGAGUUAAAACCAAAUCCCAAAGCAGGUGGCAGACAGAAAUCCCAGGUCCUCAACACUAGCCUGAUGCACUCGGAGUCUGAACUGGACAGCGAUGAAGCCAUCUUCACAUGGCCUGACCAUGAGAAAGGGAAACUGCUGCGGAGCCAGAACGGCUCCUUGCGCAAUGGACAAGUGAUGCUCAAACCCAAGAACCAGAGGGAGGAAAUCCUAUAGCUCCCCUCAGGCGGCCUUCUGCUGGAGCUCAGUGGGAAAGGCCGCUCCCGUCCCUAUCCUACAAGGGCCUUUGGAGGCCACUUUGAUUAGGACAACGCUGCUAACUCGUUUCACAGAAAAUACCUUUGGUUUUGUGGGUUUCUUUUCAGUUAAAUCUGGUUGUACUUGAAUUUGAACUUCAAGGGAGAUCAAAGGGAGAAGGCAGCUGUGAGCCCCAGGUGAGGCAUCAGGAAAGGACUGAGCUGGUGUCUGGAGAGCAGCAGGACAGAACCACUUGGAGCAACUGUGAAUGUGCAGGACCUUCCUAGCCCACCUCAGACUGCAGUGGAGGAAACACCCAUGGACUUCCAGCUCUCUUUCCUCGGGAGCUCCUCAGAGAAGGAAGGUCAAGGCUGUGCUUUGAGCUGUGCUCUGAGCUCCUUUCAUGCUCCAGUAGCUUUCCAGGGGCUACUUGUGCUGUCCAACAGCUUUCUUCUCUUUUACUCCCACCUUCCCUAAUGGUUUAAGCACUAUUUUAAUAUAGACUUGUCCUUUCACAUGCACUUGGCUGCUUUUGGAGUGUAGAGGAGGGGGAAUCUAAACACUAUGGUCACACUCCUCGACUUGCAGGUAGGAGAGGGGUUUGUAGCUGUUCUAAAUUACACACUGGGAGUGUUGAUGGCAUGGUGCCUGUUCAGGUGUGAAGAGCUGGCCUGUCUGUGGUAAUUGGCUGGGCUAGGAGACCCCCUCCUGCAGCAAGCUCUCCCCCUGGGUACCAGAGCCUGGGUUUCCCACCUUUUGUGCCCACCUGUGUUUAAUGUCUGGCUUAAUUCCAAAGCUGUGAGAUGUUGUUCAGUGGCCCCAGCAGCUUCUGUUGGUCGCCAGGCCGUCCGUGAGUCUGGACAUUAACCAUAUCUCAGUUCUGAAAUGCUAUUUACCAGGGGGGUUGGGUUUGGGGGGGGGUGUCUUAAGAUUUGCACAACCCAGGCUAACAGAGGUUGGUAUCUUCAGUUCCCAGCAGCUGGCUGCUCCCUCUGGCUGGCAGUAGCAGCCUCAUGUUAUGGUUGAAGAGCCCUUUGUGCUCCUACCAACGUGUUGGUGUCCUUUAGUCGGUGGAAAAGGGAGCUCAGUGCCCAGAGGCAUCCCAUGGUGAGUGCCAGCACCAAGGGACAGUGUCUCUACUGCCUGGGCUCUGGGAGGCAGGUGUGUGACCAUCCUGGCUCCUUUAUCUCACUGUGCUGCUGUUGUGGGGUGCAGAAAUCAGCCUCUUGCUGGCAUGAAGGACGCCACUACUCCUCUGUGGAUGGGUGGGCAGUUGAUUGCCUUUUCCUUGUGUUUAAUUUAAAAACUGGAAACUUGUUUCAUUGGCUUUUUUUGAGCUACAAGAGCCGAAAGGGUGGAAGUUCCUCAGUUGUAUUUAUAUUGCUGCACUACUGACUUGUGUUGAGCGACAUGAAGAUUAAACACUCUUGAAUGAGAGGGAAUGUUCCCUCGUUGAAUGUA